UUGUCCUCCUCACCUAAAAAAAGAAUCCCCUUCUCCUUUAUGUGCUCACAGUUUAUAUGCACUUUGUAAUCCGCAGCCAAAGUUUGUUCAGAGAUGGAGAACUCAGUCUGCCAAGAACUUAAUGAGAAUGGCGAACGCAACCAUGAUUAUUACCGCCUUCAAGAUGACGACGAUGACGGCGAUGAAUCUCAAUACAUAUAUGUCAUGAAUGCCAUCCUAAGUGGUACUGCCCGGCUAAAUGUUCUCUUACCUACAGCUACAAUCCUUGCCUUCACCAUACUUGCUCCUCUCACAACCAAUGAUGGCAAAUGCACCAAUUUCAGCCGCUGGUUGACAGGUUACUUCAUUGCUUUUCUGGCUGCCUCUUGCAUAUUCUUCACAAUCACUGACAGCUUUCGAACAGCCACCGGAAGGUUGUACUAUGGGAUAGCCACAUUCAGAGGGAUAUGGACUUUCAAUGGUAGCAGGAAGAAACCACUUAUUCCAUCUGAUUAUAGGCUGAGUUGGGCUGAUCUCUUCCAUGCAUUAUUUUCAUUGGUUGCAUUUCUUACUUUUGCAGGAUCACAUAGUGAUGUUGUGGCAUGCUACUAUCCAGCAUUGCCCAGGAAGAUCACCAACAGUGUUCCUUUGAUUGUUGGGUUUGUGAUUAGUGUGUUGUUUGUGAUGUUUCCUUCCAGGAGAAGGGGCAUUGGCUACCCUUUGUUGCUUCUAAAAAAGGCUUCGUACAGUAGAUAGUGAGAAGGAUUUCAUUGCUUUACACACAGCAGUAAGGAUGAAAAAUUAUCAAAGAAAGGUGUAAAACUGAAGCUUCCCUCUUUCUGUCGAAACAGGAUAGUUGAUGAGCAUCGGUACUUUGUAACUGAAUUAUAUAAUCAAGGAAUAUCAUUUUGUUUUUCCAGAGAAGUUUGAAUUGUAUUUCAACAUGUAUAAACAUGGGAAUGAAAGUAAAAACUGAUUCAAUUGCACAAAAAAA